AUGCCACAACUGCGCGCACACCAGGAGUUCAUCCCCGUUUGCGAAUGGGCGCACCUGCACAAGGCGGAGCUGCGUGAGGCGCAGCCGUGGCACGCCGAGCAUCCGUACUACAACCACUGGUGCCAGGCCCACACGCGAUUCGAGACUCUCCGCUGGGGCACCGACAGGCACGGCCCGCGGGCGCUCAUGGACUGGGUCUCGCCCCGUCAGCUCCGCGCCGAAUACGAGGCAUCGUCGUCAUCGUCGUCUUCUUCAUCAUCACCAUCACCAUCACCAUCACCAUCACCAUCACCAUCACCAUCACCAUCACCAUCACCAUCACCAUCACCAUCACCAUCACCAUCACCAUCACCAUCAUCAUCGUCACCAACAUCACCACCAUCAUCAUCAGCACCAUCAUCAUCAACACAAGAAGAAGAUGAUGAGGGUCCACCGCCGGUGUCGCUGGCGGGGCGGGCGUUGAUGUUUGCGGUGUCGAGCACGGUGGUGGCGUGCGCGCACGUCGGCGACUGGGUGACGCGGGGCCACCCGGCCCCGCGGCGCUUCCUCGACGCCGUCGAAUUCCUCCACAACCGGCCCAAGUAUUAUGGGAGCGCAUACCACGAGUCUGGGGUGGAGCGGGACCUGUGCUUCAUCAAGCAGCUGCGGGAGGCCAAGGGUCCCAAGGUCGUCGGCGUGUUCGGUGCCGCACACAUGGUACGUCCCUACGUCGUGGAGCCCACGUGGCCAAAAGCCAGCACAACGCAACGCAACGCAACGCAAAUCUCACCCCGUCCUCCCGGCCUGUAG